UUCUUAUCCCCUCCUAUACCCAGUCUAUCUGUUCUUUGCGAACAUCCACCAUCAAAAUGUCUAACUUCUCCGAGAUUGCCCAGCAGUUCGUCACGUUUUACUACCAGACGUUUGACAACAACCGCGAAAACCUCGCUGGUCUCUACCGCGACCACUCGAUGCUCACCUUCGAGACCUCCUCCGUCCAGGGUACUGCUGCUAUCAUCGAGAAGCUGUCGUCUCUCCCCUUCCAAAAAGUCCAGCACCAGGUCUCGACCUUUGACGCGCAGCCCUCGAACGCCGAGGGUGGUAUUCUGGUCCUGGUGACCGGUGCUCUCCUGGUCGACGAGGAACAGAAGCCCAUGAACUACGGCCAGAGCUUCCAGCUGCUCCCCGACGGCGCGGGCAGCUACUUCGUCUUCAACGACGUCUUCCGUCUGAUCUACUCCGCCGCAUAAAUGUGGAAACCUUAGGACAUGGAGGUAUUGGACUGGACUCCGCGGCGAGUUGUCCGGAGCAGUCAAUCGAUUCUCCCGGGUUUAGCAAGCAGGUGGGAUAGUUUGGCAAUAUGACUGAUUGGGAGCGAUCUAUGCGUGUGAUGUAAUGAAGAUAAUGAAUACCAGGUGGGGGGGGGGACAUGGGGAGAAAUUACCGGAUCACUUUUCGUUUCCGUAGUGUACGGCUUCGCUUCCCUCCCUCUUUGAAAUUUCCGCUUGAGUUUGUUUUCCCAGUUGAAUGAACAUCUAGAUCCAGAUCUAUCC